CUGCUGUCCACAUCAUCCGCACCAAACUACUGAACACGGAUUGACGUUUGAUACGUGCAUUACAUUUAUUAUUAUUUUGAGUUUCAUCUCGAAAAAAGAGUAAAAAUGGAUGAGCUAGACAAAACUCAACUUGUGCUGCUCAAGAAUGCCUUCGACGCUUUCGACCACGAGAAGAAGGGGGUCAUCGCGACCGACAUGAUUGGCACCAUCCUGGAAAUGUUAGGGCAUGAGCUGGACGAAGCCUCACUCAACGAAAUUAUUUCUGAAGUGGACCAAGAUGGUUCGGGAGAGUUGGAGUUUGCUGAGUUCUGCUCGCUAGCCGCUAAGUUCCUGACAGAAGACGAGGAGCCCGACGAUGAAGCCAUGGUCAAGGAGCUCAGGGAAGCCUUCCGGUUAUAUGACAAAGAAGGCAACGGCUACAUAACGACGGACGUGCUGAUGGAGAUCUUCAAGGAGCUGGACAACACCAUCACCAACGACGACCUGGAGACCAUGAUCGAGGAGAUUGACGCUGACGGAUCUGGCACCGUGGACUUUGAGGAGUUCCUUGAGGUGAUGACGGGUGAAUAGAACAACAAACCAACCCAUAAAUUAGUUAGGAUUACAAUAAAUUUAUAUUUUGUAAGAUUUUAAUUUUAUGAAACGACCAAAAUAUAAUUCUCAAUGCAUUCACUUUUUGCGAUUGUUGCGAUAUUUAUAUUUUGAUGACUACUUUUUGAUUCCUUUUUGAUUUGUUAAGUAAACAAUAAAUCUGCGCGCAGCUCUACGUUUUAUAAAAUAAAGAAAUUAUAAAUCCAA